CCCCUCCCCACUUUCACAGUAGCCACUUUCAUCGCUGUCCUCUCCUCGAUUCUGCAUCUCUUUCUCUUCCACUACAUGGUCGCGUGCGUAUCCCUCACAGGGCUGUUCUUCUCUUACGCCCCUGUCCCUCUUCCAUGCAUUUUCCUUUCGAAAGCCGUGCACAUUCGACACCCGCCGUUCAACCAUGGCAGCCGAAUACUUCAACUCCUCUGAUGGGGAAUUCGAUUUAGAUUCCAACCGGUUUCCUACCCUCGUCAAGCGUGUGCUCAAAGCCAUGCACAAAGAUGCAAGGGCCAACCGCAUCGAGUCGAAGAAGACCUCCAAGAACCUGGUCUUUUCCAAUGGUUCGUUGUAUCAGCAAAAGGCCGGUUGGAGCUGGUGGAACCGCUUCAAUGCCUUCACGGAGAUAGUCCUAGAGCAGCCAGCUGGCACCAUUCCGACUUUCGAGACCAUCGAACGAUUCAUGGACACCUUUGUCAAGCUAGUGAAGCUCAAGUCCAACCAUGUCCCAUCGUACAUAUGGCUGAAGCAUGGGGUCGAGAAUGUCAUCGCCUUCUGCAAGUUCGAAUACGAAUCAUUCGAAAUUACCAAGCAUGCUAGUCGCCGCAUCGAUGCCAUGUACAAUCACCUCUUCCGCGAGGGUAGGAUUACUAAGGACCCUACCGUGGAGCGCCGGUUCGUCGGUUCCGCGAUCGUUCGUAGCUUGAUCACGGCUUUGCUCAGCAAAGCAUUCGACGAUGGGGCUAUGAAUUGGGAUUUAAUCAACUCCAAAUGCCUUUCUAUCGUACUUCUCGCUAGCUUGGGCUCACGGGCUGGAGACAUUGCCCUCUAUGAACACCGAGUGGAGCUCCAAAUGUGUUGCGCUUCAUGCUGUUCCUUGCAUAUCUGCAUCCAUCCACCAACUUGCGAAUAA